GGCCGCGAAAUUAAUUUUUGUUUAUUGUGCGGUAGAUACCCCACACUGAAAUGUCUCAGGAAGAGACUGUUCAGACCCCAGCUGAGGGCCAGAGUGUUGAGCAGCUCCCUGACCCUCGUACCAGGGCUCAGGUUGAGCAUAGACGACAACUGUUGUCUGGACGGCUCAACCUUCUGGCCACUGAACUGCACGAUGCCGGUGCGGAGGCUGAGUCACAUGUGAGGGCCCAGUUUGAUCUGCGGAAAGCCCAGGCAGACCUGGAUGCAGCUCAGACUGGCACCGACCUAUUGAAGAUACAGGAGUUCAUUAUCCAGUGUCGUAAAGCGCUGGAUGCGCACAUCUAUCAGCAGUUCGAAGACAGCGCAAAUGGCAGAAAUGCCAAAAAUGAUGUGGUGGUCACGGAACAGACGAUUGAUGAGAACAUCCGCCAAUUGGAAGAAGCUCUUGAAAAAGAGAAAACGCGAAAGGCGAAAAUGCUAAAGAAGAAAGAACAAGAUGAACAGCAAGCAAAACGAAAACAAGAAGUUAGACAGCAUGUGGUAACUGUGUCAGGGGAAGAACAGGUUGUGGCACUGAACCAACUGGUUGAGUACCUUGCUCACUUGGAGACAAGGCUCGACCAUUUUAAAGCAAAGUUGGAAGAAUUGACCGUAGGAUUGAAGAAUGUGACUAACUUGGUCAAAGGAAAGGAAAAAGAGGUUCGGAAGGAACAACCUGUGAAGAAACUAAUGGGUGAUGCUAUCAGGGUCGAAGUAAAGAAGGGGGAACCAUCUGGGCCUCCUCCACCGACGCCACCAUCAAGUCCACCAUCCAGUCCUCACCCAUCAGGAGGAAAGAAAGAUAAAGAAGAGAAAACUGAGAAGUCAAAGAAGAAGGAAAAGGUAAAGAUGAAAUUGCCUUUCACGUUCAGUAAUAAGAAGGAUGAAAACUUAUUACUGUGGAUUGCAGAAAUACAGACCUACGUCGAGACGACCCCCGUAGAAGAAGAAUCACAGGUCGCCUUCUCCACGUCGUGUCUCGGAGGGGAGGCCAAAGAGUGGGUCCUGGCCGAAGCUAACGCAGCCAGAUUCGAUGAUAUUGGUGCAUGUGCGAGAUACGGUAAGCGAGUCCUUUGGCGCCAAAAGCGUCAGGACCACAUGCUUGUCGUCUUUUACGACGACACAGUGGAGAAGCUACCACUAGAAGAAGAAGGAGUUCCUAACAGCAGUGAAUCCGGAAAGGGGGACGUCACUGCUGCCGUGGUCAACAAAGGAGGACCACGAGGACAUUUUGGGUUCAAGAAAACUUAUGCAGAAGUAAGAGAACGCUUCGAUUGGAAAGGACUAAAGGAAGAUGUAUUAAUUUAUGUGCGUACUUGUCUGGUAUGUCAGAGAAACAAACCACCACAUGAGAACCCUCUGGGUCUACUAAGGCCCUUACCGAUUCCCAGCGAACCAGGUGAGUCUAUCUCCAUAGACUUCAUGAGUCUCGUCAAGAGUCGAAAUGGCAAUAGUCAAGUGAUGGUUGUAGUCGAUCGUUUCUCUAAGUAUGCAAUGUUUAUUCCUUUGUCUGCUGAAGCGAAAAUUGAGCUUGUGAUUCAGAAGUUUCAGAUGCGAUGGGUAACUGAGUAUGGAUUCCCAUUGUCCAUUGUAUCUGACAAGGAUGUGAGGUUCACAAGUAUGCCAUGGCAAAAGCUGAUGGAGGCAUACGACACUCGUUUGACCAUGUCGUCAGGACGCCAUCCUGAAACGAAUGGGCAAAGCGAGCAAAUGAACCGCUUGUGCCAACAACUCUUGCGCAUUGCUUCCACACGUUGCUGUUCAAUGGCGGGCGGCGGCAGCAGUGGCGUUGCAGCAGGCGGUGGCAGUGGCGGAUCCGGAAGGAGGAGACCUCCAUCAGGAUCGACGGACAAAGGAAAGGCCAGUGCCAGUUGUAGUGCUCCCGCAUCUGGGGUGACUGCAAAGGAUCCCACGCCGGCGUCAGACCCCUCUCUGUCCGUUCCUCAGGAUGAGACAAGGCAACAACAACUGCAGCGUACUCGGGAAGUGUGGAAGGACGUUAUACAGGGUCAAGAAGCCAUGUCGAAGGGUCGAGGAGAGUACUGGCUGAAGUGCCGGCUAUGCACGCAAAGUUGGAGGGGCACGAGCACUAGGGCAGUGGAACACUUCAUGAAGUUGUUGAAGCCGUGUCCCUUGAGGACAGGUGAGAUGGUGCACAACCUCGUUGUCGCCGGUGCCAAGGUGCUGUCGAGCGACAAAAAGACGCAGUACCUCCUCAAGAACUAUAGACAGUUGCAUGGCAUUGCGGAAGGGGGGACAACUACGACGGAGACUCAGGACGCGAACUCCGAGCCGGUCGUUUGCGGGUACGAGGAGCCGCAACCACCAACCACUGCGGGGAUGGCACCACCGAAAACAGCUUCCCGAACAGAGCCGGUCGCCGCUGCAGAGGAGGGGCCAGCGGAGGGUUCAGGGUCGAACACGAGGGUGGCAUCACUGCAGCAAACAUCAACGAAGAGAUGGCUGGACAACGAUGCACAGAAGAAGCUGGAUAUUGCGUGGGUGGAGGCGAUGUUCCGUGCUGGCAUUGCGUUUAACUUCCUGAAAUUCGACACGACGCAAAAGCUUCACGAAGUUUACUUGGAAGUGGCGAGUGCUCGACCAAAGGUCAAGCUGCCCUUGUACAACCAUAUGAGAACGGUGAUGCUCGACUUCAUAUACUUGCGAAUUCAAAAGCAAGUGCAUCCUCUGACAGCCUGUUGGGAUGAAUCAGGCUGUACAUUCAUCAUGGACGGGUCAUCCGACCGUCGAGAGCGCCCCGUCAUGAACUUCUUGGCAGCGGGGGAGAAGGGUGCAGUUCUGGUGGCCACAGUGUCAAUGGCGGCAAGGAAGAAAACAGCGCAGGCGUUGGCAAAGUUGUGGGAGCAGAUCAUGAGGGAGAUAGGGGUGCAUCGCAUCAACGCGAUCUGCACUGACAAUGCCGAAGUGAACAAGAAGGCUGCUCAGCUUUUGAAGCGCCGCACUGACAAGGACAUUGCACGGAUUCCAUGGGUACCUUGCGCUGCGCAUUGUUGCAGCCUUUUGCUGCGAGACAUCAGCAAGCUAGACUGGGUGAAGAGCACUGUCAAAAGAGGCCACACGAUUGUGAAGUUCAUUCGGAACCACCACUCCACGAAUAGCCUGAUGAUGUCCAUGGACGAUUCCCUGACAUUGCUUUGUCCUACGAAAGUUCGGUUCGGGUCCGUUUACAUGAUGUUGGAGAGACUUCUGAACAGGAAGGCAGUGUUGUCAGAUAUGGUGGAUCGAAAAAAUGCAGCGCGGUGGACGGGGAUCCGUUGGUCCACUACGAAGUUGAAGUCGAAAGCGGACCUGGUUUACUUCACCAUGAGGAGAGAUGGAUGGUGGACGGAGUUGAAGAAGGUGGUGGAUGUCAUGGAACCGUUGUACAGCCUUCUCAGGAGGAUGGAUCGGGAUGGAACAUCGCCGACAAACCUUGUCGAAUACGACGACAUGAUUGAGAGGAAACUGACUCACGUCGUUCUCACUGAGGAGCAGCGGGCGAGCGUCAUGGACAAAGUGAGAGAUCGGGUGAAGAUGAUGUGGCAGCCAGUACAUGCACUGGUGUUUCUUCUGGACCCGCGCAGGAGAAAUUCACGGUGGUUGUAUGAUCGGGACAAUGCAAUUGUGCAGAACGCGAUGCAUUACCUGCAGAGACAGGUUGGAGGUCCUUGGAAAGGGCCAGACCACCUUGAGGUUUUGGGUGACCUGCACGAGUUUCACAAGGAUCCCACGCCAAACGGGCCCAAGAGAAAGGACAAGAAGAUGUGGGAGCACGAUGCGAAGGUCGAUUGUGAGAAGCUCACACCGUCAGAGUGGUGGGCGACUUAUGGUGGCGAUGUCCCCGACUUGCAGGCCAUUGCCAUCAAAGUGAUGGGCAUGUGGAGUACAGCAACCCCGGCUGAGAGGAAUUGGUCGUCCAUGGACUUCGUGCAUUCAAAAAGGAGGAACAGCUUGAAGCCCGAAACAUUGGAGAAGCUGGUGUACAUCCAUUGGAACAUGCAACUGUUGCGUGCUGCCAACAACAGCAGUGCCACCGGCGAGGGCUACGUUGAUUUGUGGAGUUCGUUCUUCGAGGCUAUUCAGGAGCCAAAUGAGAACGAUGGAUCUGGAAGGAUUCCAAAGAAGCUCGAGGACGAAGAGGAUGAGUGCACCGACGACAGUGACUUGGAGGAUGAGUUGUGGAAGGGGAAGUCUGGAUUGUCGGAUGAGGCGAGCGGCGCGGAGGAGGAGGAGGAUGAAAGUGAUUCCGAUUUUGAGCUGGGAGCCCAGCCAUCGGUCCUGGGCACUACUUAUGUUGGUAGGAGAGAACCUGCAGAGCGUCGAAGGGAGAAGCAACCCUCGGUCUCUACACACGCCCGGGUGGAAAGCUCCUCCCAUUACCAUCCUCAGUCCGACGUCGAGUUCGAUCACAUGGACACCGACGUCGAGUUGCUGCUGCAAAGUGGUCCGGUUGAUGAAGACGAGGCGGAGGCCGACCGUGCGAAGGCAUUGGCAGAUCACGAUAGAGACACCGUCCAAAACCGGAUCAUGGAAGAGGAUGCCCGACGCAAAGCAGUCCCAACCCGGAGGGAGAUGGAGAGACGCAAGAACAAGGUUGGGGAGAAGGAACCGGAGACACGUCGGGCAUUGGACGCUGUGCAAGAGGGAGAUGAGGAAGUGCAACCGCAAAGUGGACCGGUUUUGAAGGUGGCGGACCAGCAAGAGGCGGAACACCGCAAAGAGGCGGACCAGCAAGAGGCGGAGCACCGCAAAGAGGCGGAGGAGAAGGACCAGCAAGAGGACAACGACGACAUGGACCAGCUACAAGAGACGGAGAAGGAGCACGGAAAGGAGGACGAGGAGAUGGAGCAUGAAGAGGACGAGGAGAUGGAGCAUGAAGAGGACAAGGAGGGGAUGGAAAGUCAAGGAGUGGAGAAGGCCAUGGAACAACAAGAAGACGUGGAGGGCAUGGAUCAACAGGACACGCAGCGCAAUGCGGAUGACGAGGACGGUGAAGAGGAGCAUCAGCCUGCAGUAAAGGCUGUGUACAAGCGGGCCAUGCUAAUCUUCUCUGUAUCAUUCCAAUUUUAACGGAUGUCCCUAAGGACAGGAUUCCAAUUUCGAAUUUACUACUACUAUCUGUUUAGUAAAUUAGUAUUAAGUAC